AUGUUGGUCGCCAUCCCUUUCACCAGCUUAUUUGCCCUCGUCAGCUGUGCCUCGAUUCUCGGUGCACCCGGAGCAGUUCAGGAUAGCCGGUACACCCUUUUCGGAAGACAAGUCAACCCAUCCAACCAGAAUGGAAUGAAAAACAUGACUUCAGGAGCAGGAAACCUUGCAAAGAUGGCAAUGGGUUCCCCGGUUCAGCUGACCGAGCUAGAGAAGGAAAACAUGGAAGCAACCGAAGAAAACAAGCCCGGACUCAACACCAUCGCCAACGCGAUGAACGAGUUAUACUUCCACGACAAGUACGGAAGCCAGCGAAACGAACCAGCAGUGUUGUUGAAGAUGGUCGGACAAGCCGCCGGCAAUACUGGGAAGAGUGGCAAUCCGGAGACGGUCUCGAAAGCGAUGCUUGCCACCUUUGAUCCAUACAACCAAGGGAAGCCUUCCUCCAUAAGCGCAUCGGUCAUCACCCCGCUGAACAAGAACACGACCAGCAUGGAAGAAGCCCCCUCCCUCAAGAUGGUCUCCCAUUCUCUCCACGAAGCCUGGGAGAAAGUCAUGCUUCUGAACCCCAAGCCCGACAAUGCCCAGGUCAUCCCGGUUUUCUGUCAAGCAAUUGCCGCAAGCUCCACCAAUGGCGAUCCAACUGCAGUAUCAAAAGCUAUCGAUGCCGCUUAUGUCAAGAUGGCUGCAAACUAA